CCUUACUCAGGCAGUACUCCAGACUUUUGGGUCUACAUCAACACUCACUUUUAAUUCUUCACUCCCCGCCCCUUCGCCAAUAGCGGGCGGAUUGGGAGCCUCGUCUCUUGACUUGUCAGUCAGGGUUCGAUUUUCCGCUUUCAGUCCGUCAUUCUCAGGGUCGUCUCUCUGUCUCUUCUCUACCCCGAUCGUGAGCCAGGCGGAGGAGGGCGGUCGGUGGCCUAGGAAGAAUGUCCAGCAUGGCGCCUGGACCAGCAUCGCAGCCGGAACGAGUGCCCUCUACUUCCUUGGUUACGUCUUCGGCAUCGACCUCCCGAACCACACAAACAGCCGUCACGAAGCGACGGAAAGAUCGAGAUGACCUGGCCUUGAUGCCACCGCCACCCCCAGUGAAACGAAUCAAGCGGCCAGCUCAGGUCCUCGAGGAAGACGAAUACACGGCUGCGUUGUCGGAGAUUAUUGCGCGGGACUAUUUCCCUGGUCUGCUGGAGAGCCAGGCGCAGCACGAAUACCUCGCGGCGCUGGAGUCGGGCAACGAGUCGUGGAUCGCAGAGGCGGCGCACAAGUUGAGACAUGCGGGGGCUCCUCAACAAAGCCAAAAGACCGCAAGGAAUACAAGAUUCGACCGUCGUUCGACUGCUACUAGUGGUACUCCGCUCAAAGAUGUCGCAGACACACCCGUGGGAGAGUAUGCGGGCGGCGAGACGCCAGUAUCACACAGGAAUAACCUGGAACAACAAUUACAGGACGAAAGUACAAAACAACGAAUCGAUACCACUGGUCUUUCGCUCGGUGCAUUUCAGGCGAAAUAUACUUCGGAGGACAACGAGUCGUUCAACGCCCUGCUCGACAAACAGAACCAAAAACGCCGCGAGAAGCACGCUUACUUGUGGACGCAGGACCAGCGGAUCCCGUCCGCGCGGUUGAUUGCGUAUCAUCAGGCGCGGGAAGCGCGACUUCUCAAGGAACAAGGGGAGGACGAAUCAAAAUCAGAACAGCAACAGGAACAAGAACAGGACGAGAAAUCCAAGGCAGUGACAACGACAGCUACAGCAGCAACAUCCACAGAUGCUGCGGUGGUUGACAACAAACCCACCGAGGAGGACAGAACCAAAGCCAUGGCAUUGCCAUCGACCAUGAUGACGACGGGUGCAACCGAUUCUCGACCAGCCAGACCCGACGCAUGGCACAUCACCCGACCGGACAACAGCCUCAUGUUUCCCGCGACCUCGAUUGACGAGGACGCGCCGCGGCUACAGACGGUGCAGGAGCACAAGGAGCAAAUGUCCAAGAUGGGACCGAAGCAUGUCGUCCAUGCAAACACCCGGUUCCCGCCCAUGCUUUAUGUUGAUGACGCAGAAGACCCCAAGUUUUCCCCGCAAUCGCCCUCAUUGAACACGGAAAUCAUUGCUCGUCGCGACGAUGCCAGAAGAGGCGCACGCAAAGCCUCAUCAUCAUCGGUCCUGGAUACCGACACUGGUACCGGUGCCGAAACGCCCCGUGUCAACGGAUACGCAUUCGUCGACGAGGACGAGCCGGAAAACAUUGUGCAAGAAAAUAGCAGCAAUCUUCCGAGUUAUCGCGACUUGCUGGCCGGUCAAUUCGAUGCCACGCCCAACCCGUUCAAGAUCGGCGACAUGCGCAAGCGCGAAGAACUGCAUUUGCGCAUGGUGGAGAAGCAGGCCAAGAUGAAGCGCGACAAGGAGAGGGAUCGACAUAAAGACAGCGAUUCCGGGCCGUCCAGGCUUCGGGCCUGGACUCCUCGUUCGGCAAUCUUGACACCGGGAGGAGGGAAAGGAGCGUCUUCCUCUGCCAACAACGCUGCAGCAGUGGGAAACAUGACUCCCGCGGCUAGACGGUUGAUGGAGAAACUUGGUGGUGGUGCCACACCCUUGAGAUCCGGAGCAGGGGCCGGUGCCGGUGCCAUUGGAAAAGACGGUGGCAGUAGUGCUGGGGAUAUGUGGACGCCGGCGCGGACGCCCAGAAGGAAGAGAUGAUGCGAUAUGAUAUCGAUUCGGUUCUAUCCAUUGUCCAUUCAUUCAUUCAAAUAAACGAUUAUAUGAUAUCGCGGCGGCCCACGCUGAGGCACUCAACUGCCUUGUCUACCUAAGGUAGCUACUUGUUCUGGUCGCCGUGGCCCUUUCAGGCUCGAUGCUCGAUGCUCGAUGCUGAAUGAAGGCCGUCCAUUCAGCCUUUCAUGGCUGGUUCGGCCCCCGAAGCUACAGCAUCUACUUACUACUACUGCUACAUGCCGAGUAAAAUAGACACAGCUACCGUUUAAUUAUAAUUGGUAUAAUAUCAUCAACAUCACAGAGCACCCAGGUAUCCGUUCAUCGAGGCAUGCAGUGUAGUAUUACAGCCCAUCACUACUACAAAUCCAUGACACAAGCGCCCACAGAACUGAGGCUGAAUAUUUCCCGUUUAGUCC